AUGACUGCUUACGCCCAUGAAUAUUGGUUUUGGGUCUUCGCGAGAGUCAUAGUCGGAUUGACUAUACCAGCGGUGUAUCAAAUACCUUUCAUCAUUUCUUUAGAAUUAGCAGGACCAAACUACAGAUCCUUCGUUACUGUUAUGACGUGUGUCUUCUAUACAUUGGGGUUGAUAUUAUUAUCACUAGUUACCUACUUACUAAGAGACUGGAGAAACCUGGCCCUGGCAACAUCGCUGCCAUUCUUUUUCUAUUAUUUAUACUGGUUUGUGCUGCCAGAAUCUCCUCGAUGGUUACUAAUGCGAGAAAAACUUGAAGAAGCUAAUAAUGUUUUGAAAACUAUCGCAAAAGUCAAUGGCAAGGAAUUACCCGAAGAAUAUACUAUCAAGCUUCAGAGACAAGUCAUUGAACAGAAAGAAAAAGGGAUCUCAAAGGUCAAAUCUGUGAGCGUCUUCGCCCUAUGUCGGACACCAAACAUGCGUCUAAAAACAUUCUUAAUAACCCUGAACUGGUGUGCUUCGGAAAUGGUAUAUGUAGGUCUAAGUUAUUACGGUCCAGCUAUAGGAGACAACCAAUAUAUGAGUUUUUUCUUAUCAUCUGCAGUAGAAAUACCCAGCUAUCUUGUCUGUUGGGUUCUCAUGGACCGCAUCGGACGAAGAUGGCCACUUUGUUUAUCAAUGGUUAUUAGUGGAAUAUUCUGCAUGGUGACAGUAUUACUUCCUGAGGAUGCCUUAACAGAAACCCUGAUCCUUUACUUAAUAUCCAAAUGUUUUAUAUCGGCAUCCUUCUUAAUAAUAUACCCCUACGCCGGAGAGUUGUACCCAACAGAGCUGAGAGGUGUUGGUAUCGGAACAUCUGCAUAUAUAGGAGGCUUGGGCUUAAUUGUAAUACCUUUCAUAAAUUACUUGGGUUCCAGUAAUUUGGUUUUGCCUCUAGUCGUUAUGGGCGCAGUAUCAGUAGUGGGAGGUCUGAGUGCACUUCGGCUGCCAGAAACUUUACAUACAUCAUUACCUCAGACUGCAGAAGAAGGCGAAGAGUUUGGCAAAGACUGGACUUACGCCGAUUGCUUGAAUUGUGGAGAUAAAAAGAAAAUAGUGGAUGCUGAUUCAUAUGAAAAUUUAGAUCAACUGGAACUAACCCCAACACCUCUUGUCGAAGAUGGCCUAGAGAAACCUGACAUAAGACGCAACUCAAUGAGAUAUCUGGUCCGUCAAUCCAGCAUAGUGGAAACCCAACGUGAUGUUGACGGCAAUAUAAAAAUGACUUACUGGUUUUAA